AUGACUGCUUUCAAUCUGUCAUUUUAUUUUCUGCCUGAUAGGGAACAACCCAUCUUCAGCACUCGAGCUCACGUCUUCCAGAUUGACCCAAACACAAAGAAGAACUGGGUACCCACCAGCAAGCAUGCAGUUACUGUGUCUUAUUUCUAUGACAGCACAAGAAAUGUGUAUAGGAUAAUCAGUUUAGAUGGCUCAAAGGCAAUAAUUAAUAGCACCAUCACCCCAAACAUGACAUUUACUAAAACAUCUCAGAAGUUUGGCCAGUGGGCCGAUAGCCGGGCAAACACUGUUUACGGGCUGGGAUUCUCCUCUGAGCAUCAUCUUUCAAAAUUCGCAGAAAAGUUUCAGGAAUUUAAAGAAGCUGCUCGACUAGCAAAGGAGAAAUCACAAGAAAAGAUGGAACUUACCAGUACACCUUCACAGGAAUCAGCAGGCGGGGAUCUUCAGUCUCCUUUAACACCAGAAAGUAUCAAUGGAACAGAUGAUGAAAGAGCACCUGACGUGACACAGAACUCAGAACCAAGGGCUGAACCAACUCAGAAUGCAUUGCCAUUUUCACAUAGUUCAGCAAUCAGCAAACAUUGGGAGGCUGAACUGGCUACCCUCAAAGGAAAUAAUGCCAAACUCACUGCAGCCCUGUUGGAGUCCACUGCCAAUGUGAAACAAUGGAAACAGCAACUAGCUGCGUAUCAAGAGGAAGCAGAACGUCUGCACAAACGAGUGACUGAGCUUGAAUGUGUUAGUAGCCAAGCAAAUGCAGUGCAUACCCAUAAGACAGAAUUAAAUCAGACAAUACAAGAACUAGAAGAGACGCUGAAAGUGAAGGAAGAGGAAAUAGAAAGAUUAAAACAAGAAAUUGAUAAUGCCAGAGAAUUACAAGAACAGAGAGACUCUUUGACUCAGAAACUCCAGGAAGUAGAAAUUCGGAACAAAGACCUGGAGGGACAGCUGUCUGACUUAGAGCAACGUCUGGAGAAAAGUCAGAAUGAACAAGAAGCUUUUCGCAAUAACCUGAAGACACUCUUAGAAAUUCUUGAUGGAAAAAUAUUUGAACUAACAGAGUUACGAGAUAACUUGGCCAAGCUACUAGAAUGCAGCUAA